AAAUGCAAACAUCAUGGGCAGUGUAUAGGACAUCAUCCUGCAGCAGUCCCAGUCUGUGUGUUCGCAUGUGGCCCUGACACAGUUGCACAAUGAAGCCUCCAUAUCUGUCUGCUGUGUCACGACGCUGACGAGCCUCGGGGUGUGUGUACCUGGCCCGGGCAGAUUCCACCUAACCCCCGUCAGCCCUUGUGGGAAAGACAAUAACUCCUCCAAAAAGUCACCAUGACACAAGUGGUGCAGAACCACAGGCACAGCUGGUGCUUUCCACUUUCGGUGCGCAGUGAAUAUUCAUCGGAUCUGUGCGCACAGGACGCACCGAGGAGUGCGGAGGUUAUUACCCCAGGGAGGAGGAGGGAGCCACUGGGAGACUUCGACCCGUGUGAGGUGUUCCUGCGGCGGCUGCGCUGAACCGAGACGACGGGGAGACACUGGAGGGACUUUAUGAAAUCAUGUCUGAGAGCCCCGAGGAGCAGCCGAGCACCGGGGUCCUGGGCCGUAUUGGGAGCUGGUUAUCUCCAUGGAAGGCAAAGGGUCAGAAGAGUCCAACAGAAGAUGACCCCCCGAUCGGUGAUCAGGCUCGUUGGUCAGGGGAAGGCGAGGCGAGUGAGGAGUCUGUGAGACCCUGGGCGGGGGAUCAACAGUGGCAGGAGGAGGAGGAGAAGGACCACAGCUCUGGUCCCAAUCCGCUGGGACUCUCCAGAGACAGUUUCCUUUGUGAGAGGAGGGACGCCACGCAGUCUGCCCGCAGACACGACUCUGCUGUGAGUAGCACUGAGACAGGAGAGGGAGGUCCAAAGGAGGAGGAGUUUGUGGAAAGGGAGGGGAGGGAGGAGAGCAGCCACCGUGCUUCAGCGAGUGGGAAUCCUGAGAGGAAUGCCAGUCAUCUGACACAUCUCUUUUCCUCCUCUGAACAGGGUGCUGACCGGGCCCACACCCAGAGACAAGCACAGGCCCAGGCAGGCCGGAGGCUCCAUGUGUACCUGGAGGAGACCAGCGUGUUUAACCACGGCCAGGACGCCACACAGGAAGUCGUCCGCACCAAAGUCACAAAAAGUCUCCAGAUCCUCCAAAAGACAAAAUCAUCCCCUAGUUUUGAUUUAACAAACAGCACAACCUCAACAAGUGCAGAGAGCAGGAGGACAAGAGUGAGGCCUGCAGCUGAGGCACAGAGUUAUUACAGCGAUCCAGUGGGAGUGCCACUGAAAUCACACAAAGACCCAGAGUUAGAGCCUGAACUUGAUCAAGAGCAAACAGAGGCAGACAGCAUGGGGCGUAAAAAUGCAGCCAAGAGGAGACAGGGGAAGAACUCUCAGGGAGAUGGGGUGAGCACCCCCCAGGAGAAAAUGCCUCCCAGUGCAGAGCCUGUCCCAGAGGGUUCCCUCUCAUCAGAUAAAUCAGUGACCAGUGCUCUGGGCAAAAGUCCAAGCACUCACAUGGCAGAGCCGUCUGAAAACUCCUCCCCCAGUUCAAACCUCACCUCUAAGGACUUGCCUAAGGGAGGGGAAAACAAGACUUCCUGCUCUGAUAGCGACAAGCAGUUGGACGACUUCCAGGAUUCAAACUCAGUCUUUGCAGACACUCUGGUGUGGGCGGUUGAUGGGGACGCAGACAUGGAGGACGACAGCAGCCUUUACAAAGUGGAGAGGAAGACGGAGACGCCGGAGUCUAAACGCAGGAGUAUGAAGGUUUCCCGGAGUGAGGUGAAGCUCUUUAGAAAACAUGUGCCGCUGGAACCCGCGCAGAGUCCUGCGGGAGACGUCCAGGAUUAUAAAUCAAAGAUAAAGAAUGACCGAGGCGAGGAAAAGGAAAAACCCAAACCGGAGACUAUUGCAAGACUACAAGACCCGAAGAAAACCGCAGAGGAGCCCAAACCGGUUGGCGGUCGGAUCACAGAUAAAAUCAGCCUCUUUGAGCGCCAGCAGGGGCUGGAGGGCUUCAAGAAGACCUUCCAAACACCGAGAAGCGCCGACGUCUCCCCGGUCAGGACAGCCACAGACAGGCUGAAUGCAAUUCCAGAGUUGUCAUCCCCGAGGUCAAGAUCGGCCGAGCGCCAGGCCACGGUCAAUUCCAACGCCCGGCCACUGCCUGGGGAGAAACCAAUGUCAAUCAAGGAACGAGUGAGGAACUUAACGGAGGCAUCUAAGUCAGAUGCUAAGCCCGCUGUGCCUCAGAAGCAAACCAUGACAGGAAUGUCUAAACAAUCCACAUCCUCUGUGGCAGCCGCUGCCGUAGAGUUGCCAGAACAGGACAGUCAGGGUAGACUGGAUGCGAAAACAGCAAAGUCAGAGAUAACAAUAAAACCUGAUGGACGAGAUACCACUACUGUAGGGGUAAAUAUUUCCAUUCCAAAGGAUCAACCGACCGACUCUAAGAAAACAGACGCAGUGACCGGUAGAGCAGGAGAUCAGGGUGUGAAACCUAAGAGCAUUGAAUCAGACAUAUCGGCUAAAGUAGCGGCUGAUUCUUCAGAAACCGCUGGUGACAUAAGUCAGCUGCCAAAAGGUCCGAGCAGAACGGGCUCGCGCUCUAAAAGAAGAAAAAGCAGAGAUCCUAAAAGCCCCCUCAGCCCAAACAGCGAAAACAGAUCUCCACCCAGAGAGCCUACAAGUUCCCUCAGUCCAAACAGCGAUAACAGAUCUACACCCAGAGAGCCUACAAGUUCCCUCAGUCCAAACAGCGAUAACAGAUCUACACCCAGAGAGCCUACAAGUUCCCUCAGUCCAAACAGCGAUAACAGAUCUACACCCAGAGAGCCUACAAGUUCCCUCAGUCCAAACAGCGAUAACAGAUCUACACCUAAAGAGCCUACAACCACAAUCAGCCCUAACAGCGAUAACAGAUCUACACCUAAAGAGCCUACAACCACAAUCAGCCCUAACAGCGAUAACAGAUCUACACCUAAAGAGCCUACCACCACCACAAACAGUGGAAACAGAUCUACACCUAGAGAAACUACAACUCCCAUCAGCAAGAGCAGCGAAAACAAAUCUACACCCACAGAGCCUAAAACCACAGUCAGCCCAAACAGCGAUAACAGAUCUACACCUAGAGAAGCUACAACUCCCACCAGCCCAAACAGCGAUAACAGAUCUACACCUAGAGAAGCUACAACUCCCACCAGCCCAAACAGUGGAAACCAAUCUACACCCAGUGAGCCUAGAAGUCCCAUCAGCCUGAAAGGUGAAAAUAAAUCUACACCCAUAAAGCCUACAAAUCCCAUCAGCUCAAACAGCAGAAACAAAUCUACACCCAGAGAGCCUACAACUCCCAUCAGCCCGAAAAGUGAAAGCAAACCCACACUUAAGACAGAGGUCAGAGAGCAGGUGGAUAAUACAGUGGUGUCUGCCUCCAAAAAGCUCACAGCCAAAGUUUCAUCCUCAUCUGACGAAGGAAACACAUCAGGAAAACCGUCGCUGUCUGAUGCCAAACAAAAAGCUUUUAAAGAGGAAGCGGGUGUUUCAGAAAAACUGGAAAAGCGGUUUGACUCCUCACUUACAAAGAAGAAUGUUGACAAACCAGCGAACGCACAGAAGGGGUUCCCUGAUCCGUCUGUCAACAAAGACGAACCUGAUGCCCCCGCUCGUAACAGGGGAACAAGGAAGCCCAUUGACAAGGAUCCUGUAAUUUCACCCCGAAAGGAGGAAAAGGCCGGGGGUCUGGUGUUCACACAGGAGAGAGAAAAGGUCUCCAAGGGCAGCGGGGGGAAUUCAGCCCCCUCUCCCUCACCCUCUGCUGACCAGCCUCCCUCGACGGAACAGGCCCCACCUGUUGAAAACCUCAAAUCUGAUAAAGAAUGUUCUGUUCAACACGACUCGAGAAGCAAAGAAAAAGUGAGGCCGCCCGGUCAGAGAGACAAAGGGCAAAAAUCGCAACCUCAAGACAAGAACACGGACGUGAUAAAGCCGACUGGGAGUGAGGAUGCCGAGAGGCAAGAAAAGUCGGGGAGUGAAAAAGCAAAUCAGACUGAGAAGAAAGACAAAGAUAAAACACAGCAGCUCCAGCGUUCAGAUUUCAAGACAGCGGGUGGUCAAGGUGACUCGGGGAAGGAGGGAAAGGCUGCGAAGGGCGAUGAAACAAAAACCGCUGAAAGAAAAGAGGAGCACAUUAAAGACAGGACAAAACAGGAAGCUGAAAAACCAGAGCCGGCCUCUAAGUCAUCAGAAACGACCAGCGGAUCAUCAGCAGAUCACAAAGGUCAGAGGGCGGCAGCGACACAACCAGAAAAAGGUGAUAUUUGUGCCGUCGUCCAGACUAAUGAGGCGGUGAGUCUGACCAAGCCUGACAAAGGGCCUUUGAAGGGAGCGAUAGAAACACAAGUGCAGACAGAAAGCUCUGGAACAGAAGUAGGUCCUGUGGUCAUUGCAGCCGAACCACAGCCUAAUUCUGUAUCAGUGGAAAAAUCGAAGCAUUCGCCCGAUGACUCACACGCAGACAGAGCUAAUGAUGUUGAGUUCUCCAGCUCCGAGCCUAAUUCCAAAGCUACAGCAGUGGCCGAGGAGGUGUCCGUAAAAGCCUCCAAUUACCCUCCAGCUCUGAUAAAUGUACAGACGGGCAAUAUGGCAGAGGGAGAGCGUUCUCCUAUUUCUGUCUCUAAACCAAAGAGAAGCCCGAGAGCAGGACAGGAUGACAGGAAAAACACUGUUAAAGCAGAGCCCUCAGAGGAGAAAAUCUCAGGAGAUGCUGCAAAACUAGUCCCGAGCUCUACUCGCAUGAGCACAGAAGAAAAAGCACAGCGUCGUCCUGAUAGUGACGCUUUAAAACCCACAUUUCAUGAGAAACAGAGGACAGCUGAGGAAACAUCCAGGCCGCUACCAAAGGAGCGUCCUCUACUUCCUAAUGGUGACAUCUCAUCGCAUUCACGAAUAGCCACAGUCAAAAAGGAAGCAGGCGAUAGAAAGCCGAGUCAAAAAGCCCCCACUUCCCCAGAGGCAGAGAAACUGACCCCUGGGUCACCCCAGCGUUUGCCCAUGAAGAAGCUCCAUUUGCCGCUGGGACUAAGCAGAGAUGAUGCUACGAGCCAACAAGACGCUCCCUCCAGCUGGCUGGAUGUGGACUUCCCCAAACGCAGACUUAAAGUCUCCGAGCCCAAACUGAGCUCCUCUGGGAGUGAAAGCAACCUCCUGGACACUGAUCUGGACGACGUUGAUUUCGUAGAGAAGAUCAAGAAGCUUUGCGCCCCCUUCUCCUAUCCGCCACGCAAACACACCCAACUGAGGCCACCUCAGCCCCUGUUUGCCAUGCCGGCGAUCAAAGAGGCCCGCUUCGAAAAGACGUUUGACCCCGAUGAGUUUAAGUUCGGCUUGAGGAAGAAGGAUAAUUUCAACAUAGAACUGCCGAGCAUGUUAGCCAAGCGCAAGAGCGAGGAGAAAUCUGUUGUGAAGCCCGCAAGGGCCAGUUUGGCCGAUAGAAGCCUGCUGCUCAGCAGCCUGGACAACGACUCUCGGCUCAGGGAGAAAACCCCGGUGAAGGAUGAGGAUGAUGGCAAAGAGGAGAAAGACAAUAGGAUCAAGGUGAAGUCUCGCUUGGAGGGAAGCUGUGUCCUCAGCAGCCUCACCUCCAGCAACUUCAGAGGGAAGAGGAAUGGAGCUCAAGCACAGGCAGACGCCAGCAGCUCUGGGGAUGUUUCUCCCAGCAGCCCCCCCCAGCUGAGCCCUCCACCCCUGCCAAGCCCAACGGCCCAAACCCCGGUCAAAGACACACUGGCCAAGCAGAGCUCUGCCCUGAGCGGCAGAGAGGAAGCCCAGGCCGCGGAGGCUGUGGUCAAUGACUCAGGUCCUCCACUUCCUUCCUUUAACGACAUCAAGCUGCCAGACUAUUUGGAGAAGUUCCUCCAGCGGGAACCAGCAAAACCAGUGCAAAGCACACACGGACAAGAGGAAGUCAAUAGAAAGGUUAUCGAGAAAAUGCCGACUGUGGCUCCAGGGGGGGAAGCAGACGUGGCUGUAAAACCAGGUCCGCUGCUUCCCAAGGCUGUUCCUCCACGUUUCCCUGGGAUUCCUCCGAGCACACAUCCUGCUCUGCCUGAGAAGCCUCUGGCUCCGCCGCAUGAGAAACCUGCUCAUCAUAUAAGAGUCGCCAAGGGAUUUCACAAGCGUCCUGGAAAGAUGGUGUUAUUUGAGAAACCCGAGUUCAGUGGCCAAGCGUAUGAGAUUCACAGGGAUGUAGCAGAUGCCACAGCUCUGCAGCUCUCGCCCCUCAUAUCUGUGAAGGUUGUCAGAGGAUGCUGGGUGCUCUACGAGAAACCCGACUUCCAGGGCCGCACCAUCGCCUUGGAGGAGGGGGGAAUAGAGCUGACAAACAUGUGGGCCGAGCCAAGUUCGGAGACGGAACCACAGAACCUCCCGCCCAUGCUGAUUGGCUCUGUUCGACUCGCUGUCUGGGAUUACAGCAUACCCCAUAUUGAUCUGUUUACUGAACCAGAGGGCCACGGGAGAGUAACACCUUACCACGAUGACACAAUAGAGACGGGCUCGUUUGGCGUCCCGCUGAGCACGGCUUCCAUCCAAGUGCACUCUGGGGUGUGGCUGCUGUUCAGUGACCCGGGGUUCCAGGGUAUGCUGGCUGUGCUGGAGACAGGGGUGUACCCUUUCCCUGAGGCCUGGGGCUUCCCCUCACCAUUCGUGGGAUCUCUCAGACCUCUGAGAAUGGGCACUUUCAAAGUGGAGAAUCCCAAUGAAGUCAAGGCUGUGGUGUAUGAACAGCCCGGCCUCGAAGGCUCCUUCUUGGAAAUCGACAACGAUGUUUUCAGCUUUUCGGAGGACGAUGGAGACGUUGGCUCGGAAGCUGAAAACCUCCACACCAACCCGCUGAAGGCUGUGGGUUCGUUAAAGAUCAUCGGAGGACUCUGGGUGGGCUACAGCCAGCCGGGGUUCGAGGGCCAGCAGUUCAUCCUGGAGGAAGGAGAGUACCUGGACUGCAGCGAGUGGGGGGGCUCGGAGCAGCUGCUGUCAAUCAGACCAAUACUGGCUGAUUUCUUGUCGCCCCACCUGAAAAUGUUCAGCGACAGAGAUUUCGGGAAGCUGGGAGUGAACAUAGACCUCACGGUGCCCGUUAUCAACAUGGACGACACGGGCUACGGCCUGAAGACGCAGUCCGUCGAUGUCAUCGGUGGCGUCUGGGUGGUGUUUGAAGAACCAGGCUUUUGUGGCGAGUCCUACAUCCUGGAGAAAGGCCUGUAUGGGAGCCCGGAGGACUGGGGGGGGCUGCAGCCCAGGGUUGCCUCAGCAAUGCCGGUCAUUCUGGAUGAUUUCGAGAACACAGCCAAGUUUAAGGUGCAGCUUUACUCUGAUCCCGGUUUUCAAGGCUCCGUCGUGGCUCUGGAGGACGGCGCCGCCUCCCUGCAAGACGGCUUCUCUGUGGCCUCCUGCAAGGUUGUGGCUGGCAACUGGGUGGCGUUUGAGGGUGAGGCGUUCACAGGCCGGAUGUAUGUGUUGGAAAUCGGGAGCUACCCAGACCUGAGGUCGAUGGGCUGUGCUGACGGCCGCUCUUCAAUCCUCUCGCUGCAGACUGUCGGCUUUGAGUUCUCGCUGCCGUCCAUCACUCUUUUCGAGCGCUGCGGUCUGCGGGGGAAGAGGCUGGUGCUGACCGACGGCUGCGUGAACCUUCAGCUGGCUGGAGGCUGCAGCCGAGUUCAGUCUGUGCUCGUGGAAGGAGGCAUGUGGAUUCUUUACGAGGGAAUCAACUACCAGGGAGCUCAGAUUUUACUGAAACCCGAUGAGAUUCACGACUGGCGGAAGCUCAGCAGCUGGAACAAGAUCGGGUCCCUCCGCCCUCUGUUACAGAAGCAGGUGCACUUCCGUGUGAGGAACCGACAGUCGGGGCUCAUGAUGUCGGUGACGGGGGAUUUAGACGAAGUUAAACUGCUGCGGAUACAAGAGACGGAGGAGACGGGCGGAUUCGAGCAGAUCUGGAUCCAUCAGAAUGGACAUCUCCACUGCAAGCUGCUGGAGCAGUGCAGCCUGGGUCCCAGCGGCAGCCUGACGAUGGCAGGAAGCCGCGUGGGUCUCACCCAAGAGCCGGGCGACCACGUCCACCUCUGGAGCAUCACCCCCGACGGCUUUAUUCGCUACACCCCCUCCUCUAAUCUGGUCCUGGAAGUCAAAGGUGGCCAUAACUACGACAAAAACCAAGUCAUUCUGAACACCCUCGACGCAAAUAAACCCCAACAAAGGUGGGACGUGGAGAUUAUCUGACAAACCUCCGAAGCUGCUCAACAGGAUCUUAAUAUCACCCGAGUGCUGGAGGUCGAGGUACGCUGGAGCAGAGCGGAGAUCACGGAGAGGAUGUGGAACUCUCCGUGAGAAUGUAUGAAUAUGCAAAUGGACUCUGAACUCGUAAUACUUCAUAUAUCCAAAGAUUUGUAUUUUAUCUUUCUGAUGAAUAAAUUUGUUUGCCUUGAUGUCAAUUAUCUUAAAACAGUGUUAACACGUCUUCCUGUAUUUGCAUUCGAUGUUCCUCAUUGUAUUCCAGCUGCACGCACAGAACGGAAACAAAACGAUUUCCUCUGAAAUGUCUUUUAUCGUUGUUUAAUCAACACCAUACACACACCUGUCUUUUGUUAACAAAAUAAAAGUAUUUUUGUCAAUAAAUACAUUGUACAGUAGAAUGAGCUGGUACUUGGUGUACUACAGUGUGAAAGCUGAUAAAGUUCCAUUAUUUGUUGUUCCCUCAGAGGCUUUUUCUGCUCAGAGUUAUAACAUGAGAUGCAUCAUGGGAAUAUAAGCGCUAUAUGGAGACUGUGCAAAUGUAAAAUAAUGUAAAUAGUUAUCUGCCUUAUUGUGCUGCUUCACCUUGUACUGGACAUAAACGCAUCUAUUGACAAACA